AUGAAGAGGCCGCACAGCACAAUGAGCGCGGCGGAGGGUUCGCGCACGCUGGCCACGCAGGAGGGCCUCACGCUCGCCUCAGUGCCGCCAGCGCCACCACCGGGCAGCGCAGCGGUGCUGUCUCAGCAGCAGCAGCAGCCGCCGCCGCCUCCAUCCGACUCAGUGGCGGCCGGCGGGCGUAGCGGCAGCAUGCACCAGCUCUUCAUUCGACCCACCCUGCGCAGCCUCCUGGCGGAGGGGUUCGCGAACGUGCGGGCCAGCCAGGCGUCGGUGCGGCGGACCGCGCUGCUGAGCGCCGCUCGGUCGCUGUCUCUUCUCGAUGCCGGCCAGUCGGGGCUGUUGGUGGAGGUGCUGCUGCAGCAGCUCGACGCAGAGACCGAAGGCGACAUCCAAUCCUCGCUCGCCACGCUUCUCUCCUCGCUGGCCAUCCAGCCUCACGUCGCGCCUGAGCCCAUAGCCACGGCUCUUCUCCAUCACUUGCACCACAGUUCGGGCAAAGUGCGCGCUCAGGUGCUGGCGUCCCUGCAGAAGAUCGUGAAGAGCAAGACGUUGAGCGCAGAUUUGGUCGAGCUGGGCCUGGAGAGCGGACUCAAGCAGCUGGAGGACGACCACCACCGGGUGCGGCGGGAGGCCCUCCUGCUGGUGGCCCACCUCACACCCACCGAUCCGGCCAACGCCGUCCACGCUCAGGCCAUCCUCUCCCGCUUCACCUCCGACACUGACUUCCGCGUCCGCAUGGCCGGGUUCGAGGGAGCGCUGGUGCUGCAUGAGCGGGACGUGGCGCUCGACCUCGAAACGUUCUACUGGCGGGCCGUCCACGCGUUGGACGACGAUGACUACGAGGAGGUCCGCACACAAGCACUCCACCUCGUCUGGGUGUUGAGCAACAUGUACAGCGAGCACAUGGUGUCGGCACGAGGCAAGGCACACUCAUCGGAGAUGGUGCGACUCGUGGACGAUGGCUUCAUGAAGAUCUGCAACAUGGUCAUGGACCCCUCUAUCGCCGUUCGCCGAUUGGCGUGUCAGUUGCUGGGCAGCAUCAAGAAUGUGAGGACGGGCUACCUCCUGCAGACGCUCAGCAAGGAGGUCAUCUCCAAGAAGGGGAAGGGCGAGACGUGGACCAAUCGCACGGCCCGCAACCAGUCGUCGGCCCGCAACCGCUCAAUGCCCACAGUCGAGCAGGGCCUCUCCUACCUCCCCGGCACCGCGAUCGGUGAAAUGGAGCUCGACAUGGAAGACUUCGUACUGUCCGAUAGCGGGGCCGCCGGCGCCUUCAUUCACGGCCUCGAAGACGAAUUCUUUGAGGUGAGGAUGGCGGCGGUGGAUUCUGUGUGCGAGCUGAGUCUGCGCUCGCGCCACCUGGCGUCGCGCGCACUGGAGUACAUGGUGGACAUGUUCAACGACGAGAUCGAGGACGUGCGCGUCAAUUCCAUCCAAAGCGUGCACAAGAUCCUGUCCAAGGUUGAUCUCAAAGAGGAGCAGAUCAAAAUGAUGCAACCGAUCCUGGAGGAGGCCAACGAGAGCAUCCGCAUGGCCAUGUACAACCUCAUGGCCGCCACCAAGUGCCCCAACGCCGAAUGCCUCCACGAAACCAUCAAAUCGUUGCUGCAGAACAUGAACCGGUAUCCGGAGGACCGACUGAGCAUCUACCAGUGCCUCAAGGGACUGGGCGAGCACCACGGUCAGUUCGUGGAGCUCCUCGUCGAGCCCCUGCUCGGCAUGCUCCACGUCGACCUACGCUUCCUCGGGGCGGAGUUGCACAUGGAGGACAGCACGUACGUGGCGCUGGCGAUCGUGAUCUUGAACGCGGGGGCCGACAACACCAACGUGCUGCACCUGCUGCCCUCCUUCGUGGCCCGACACCACCGCUACUUCCGCGACAAAUACCCCGCCCUCUUCCCCUCUUCCCUCCCCUUCCCCUCCACCACCUCUUCUACUUCCUCCACCUCCUCCUCCACCACCUCUGCACUCUCCUCAAGGUCGUCGUCGUCGUCUUCGUCGGCCGUGCGCGCCGAGGACGCGACCCUGUUCCUGGGCGCGGUGCUGGCCAACGUGGCGCGCGUGGUCAACCUCCUCCACGCCGCCCGCUACCACGAGGCCCACCGCCUCAUCCGCGUCUCCUCUCAGGACCUGCGGCGAAUCGCGGAGGUGGACGCGCAGCGGGCGGCGACUGCGGAGUUCUACCUGGCCUACCUGCGCUGCCUCACGAUCGUGGCCCAGUCGCACUCGGGGACGGGCGGCAACCGGGACCUCGUGGGCGAGCUCCUCUUCCUGUCGUACCGGCUCGAGCGCGAGUUCGUGGGCCUCGACGCUCCGGCCCUCCUCCAGAUCCUCCGCCUCCGCCUCUACGCGCGCCUCCUCCUCUUCCUCUCCUCCUCCUCGCCCUCAUCCUUUCUCGAGGGCGGAAAGGAGGACACGGAGGGCGAGAGGGCGAGCCUGCAGCAGGGCGUGGAGCGCCUGCAGCGCUUCUGCGAGGAGCGCAUGCUGGAGGCGCCCGCAGAACUUGGGCCGUUCCUAUCCGCGCUCGAGCGCCACGAUGACCUCUCCCCCUUCUCCGCGACACUGCUGCCGCGAGAACCGGUGAAGGUGGAAGGCGCGCUGAAGCGGGUGUGGGCGGACUGGCUGAAGCCCCUCGACAACGUCGACAAGCCCGUGGCCUUCCCGUCCUCGCUCUACCACUCGAUCCACAUCGAGGCCAUCCUCCACAAUGUCCCGCCCACGUCAUCAUCGGCGAUUGGUGUCGACGGCGUCCCGCACCAACUGCUGGUCUACGUCACGCUGCCGGACCGCACCUCGCAGCUGUGGCCGCUGCGAGCGGGCGACCUCAAACUGCUGGGCGACGGCACAUUCAAGCUCACCACCACCGUCCAGCUCUACGUCAACCAGCUCAAGUGGACGGAGGCGUGCAAUGUGAAGCUCGACCUGGUGCUGGCGUUCGGUCUCGACGCCCCGAGCGUGGACCUGCGACACACGACGGCGGAGCUGCGCGGCCUGCAGCAGGAACGCGUUGACACGUCGCCGGCGCCCGAGUGGAAGGGCCCACCCACCCCGGCUGACAAGCUCCGAUGCCUGCGCAGCGGUCUCCUGCGCCUGUGCCCGCCCCACGCCUACGCCGUUCUCCCCACCAACCCCCACCACCCCAAGAAGUGA